AUGUAUGAAAAUCAAGGACACUUCCGAUACAUAUUUUUCAGCUUGGGACUUACUUUAUACUGUGCUAUUUUAUCUUUCAAUGUGAUGAUUAUUCUGAUAAUAUGUGUGGAAAAAGCAUUGCAUCAGCCCAUGUAUAUGCUCAUUUCUUGUUUAUCGUUGAACUCUCUCUAUGGCACUGCUGGCUUCUUCCCAAGGUUUCUCACUGAUCUUAUCUCUGAAUUGCAUACAAUCUCUGUAUUAGCUUGUCAGAUUCAGACCUUUGUCAUUUACAGUUAUGUAUCAUGUGAAUUUACAAUGUUAACCUUAAUGUCAUAUGACAGAUAUGUGGCGAUACAAAAACCCUUACUAUAUCACAGCAUCAUGAGACCUAAAGUUCUUUUCAAAAUGAUAAUUGCUGCCUGGUUAUAUCCCAUUUUAUCUAUUGGUCUUGCUGCAUUUUUGAGUGCAGAAUUAACUUUGUGUGAUGACAAGAUCACCAAGUUGUACUGUAGUGGCUGGUCAACUGUUAAAAUUUCUUGUGGAGACAAAACACCUAUUCUUAUUAUAAGUUUCAUUAUAUCAGCAGCCACAAUUUUUUUACCAAUGACAUUCAUUUUCUAUUCAUAUAUUAGAAUUUUGAUUAUUUGUCAAAGACAUUCAUCUGAAUUUAAGACUAAAGCUUUUCAAACUUGUCUGCCUCACAUAGUUACCUUUGCUAUUUACUCAGUUACCAUUACCUGUGAGGUGGUCUUAAACCGAUAUGAGCCUGGUGAACUGCCUUUGUUUGUGACUGUUAUUUUGUCCUUAGAAUUUCUCCUUAUACCUCCAGUUUUAAAUCCUCUGAUUUAUGGGUUAAGUUUUCUUGAGAUUCGCCAAAAGAUUAGUUACUACCUUACAAAAUACCUGAUAUGUAAAUGCAUGCAUCGCGUUGAAAAAUAA